AAAUGUCACAACUUUUUUUUCUGUCUGAAAAGUUUAUUUAUUGUUUGUUAUGCCAGGAAACAGCUGGUUUCCUUUUUAACCCUUGGACGUUGUUGCGCGUCUCUCGGCUCUGCGCUGUUGCUGUGGUUUCUCCAUGAAUCACUCUCUUAAAUUCAGGCAUGCUGCGAUCCGUCUGGUUCUCAGAGGAGGAAGACGAUGUGGGGCGUGUCUGCAGCUGAAGUUUCCGUUUCGUUUCUCAGCAGAGGGAAGACGUUCGCUGUUGAUUCAUAAACCACCAGCCAGUCACAGACAGCAGGUCGGUGGUCCCGACGAGGACCGCCUGCUUUCCAGAGGCAGCAGAUGUGACAGCAGGAUCCAGAUGUGUCGUGUAAGAGAGAGCUGAGCACGUCUCUGGACCAGGACACAAACCUGCAAUGAAAUCAUUUCAUGGUGAAGGCAGACUGCAGUUAGUAAGAGGAGAAAAUGAAGAGAAGGUCUUUGCUACGGUCCGACUCUGGACAGGAAGAACUAAGUUCAGACGCAGAACAUAAUCUAAGAAAAAGAAAGUGCAUCAACUAUCACGAUGACGAUGAAGAUUAUUAUUAUUACGAGGAAGACGACUGCGACCGGUCACUAACACACGAAGAUCUAGAACUGUGGCCUGUAAGCUGUGGGGACAAGAAGGGAAUGAUGGACGUCCAAAAGCUGGCGAGAAGUGAGGAGUGUAUCGAGUGUGAGGGCCGCAUGUUCACCCCGCCUGCCUUUGAGGAGUUUGCAGGAAGAGGCUCAGCUAAAAAAUGGAAAUUCAGCAUAUACUCUGAUGGAAAACCUCUGCAACACUGGUUUGAUCAAGGCCUUCUGGACACUGAGGGAUACAAAAAAUGGACAAAGACGUAUAAAAAGAAAGGUAAAACAUUUCAGAACAAUGGAGCUACACCAGCUCAUAAUUUAAGACGAUGCGAUGCUCCAGGAGCAGGAGAGUCAGGAGCAGAAGCUACGGACGACUCUGAGAACGACGAUGGGAUUCCUUCACGCUUUGGAAGCCGGUUACUGAGGAGCAAGGAAGAGAAAGAGAGAAACGACUCAGACCAUCCAGAGGAAAAACAAGAUGAGAAACCGGAUGAAAUGGAAGACAACAGGGAUGACAACAAUAAAGACCUCUGUGCUCCUAAAGAACCGGAUCCGAGGUUGAUCAUCUCAACACCUGAAAAACUCGCGUUGCAGAUGAACUCCAUUGUUCUUCUCGAAAGAAUGUCAAUGACGAGGAGUCGCUGUCAGACCGCCGCCGUGGUACAUCGACUCAAAGACGAUGAGGAAGGAGACGGAGAUUCAGAGAUGAAUUACUAUGAAAAGCUCGAGCAACCGGUGGAAAGUGAAACGGCAGACGUGGCCACGAACACUUCUCCCCAACAAGAACCGGUCGAGCAGAAAAUCCACGAAUUACUGAGGCUUUCUGCUGAAACUUUGACCAUGCCUGGUCCGAGCGCAUGUGACAACCACACAGAUGUGAGCUGCUUGGACGAAUUCAAAUCCCAGACGAUGUCAGAGACGAGAAGCAUCUGCGAUUCGGACAGCACUCACAUCUCGGAGCAGGUGGAGACCCCAACGUCGGGGGUCUUAACCGGUUCCGAUGUGGACACGAUGGAUCUGGAUCAGCUGCAGAGAGAAACUCUAAAAACGCAGCUGGAAGCUGCAAGAGAACAAAGGGAGGCUUUGAGAGUACAGAAGGAAUAUUACACUUUGAAAUUGCGCCUUUUACAAGUUCAGAAAGCCGGUCGGUUCAGUUCAUCCAUGUAGGUUGUGAUGCAACUUUAGCAAACUCUGGGAGGGAUGAAGCAUUUCCUGUUGCAAGAAAUUACAAAAGGAGUUGAGAAUUUUAUCAUUGCAGUGCCAAGAGAAGAUUUAGAUCAUCUGUGGAAUAAAACUAGGAUCCCAGGGAAUAAAAUAAUGUGAAUGGCCAUUAAUUUUGAAUGGGUAUUGUUUUUAUAUGUAAAUAGAGAGGCUAUAUUUUAAGUUUUCUAAAGUAUCUUGUUUUAUAGAUAACAUGACAUUUUGCUCACUGUCUUCCUGUUAAUUUUAACAUAAUUAUGUUACAAGAUGGUUUUCUGACAAUGUUGUUUCAAGUUUUCAUUUGUCUUGUUUCAAGGUGGAAAUAAAAACUGCUUAAAUUAAUUGCUUAAAAUGUUUA